AUGGAGGUGCAGCUUGGCUCAACGGUCAAGAAUGAUUCAAGGGCGACACACCAUACUACGUCUGAUGCCGCAGAACUAGUGGAUGGCUCAGAUUAUACAUGGGCUGGUAAGCUGACUGUAGGCAAUAGUAGUGAAAUUAGUGCGGUUUUCAAGCUUGCUAGGGAUAAUAGAGUAUUCUUGGAGUUUCAUGCUGAUUACUGUGUGGUUCGGGAUGAGAGGACUGGUGUUGUGUUGCUGCGAGGAAGAGAGGUUAUUAGCAUGCUUGGUAAAAAGUUUUCGUUGAAAGAUUUGGGAGAGUUGGGGUAUUUCCUUGGUGUUGAAGUCCAUAAGACUUCUGAACAGUUGGUACUGAGCCAACGUAAGUUCAUUCGGGGGCUACUGGAACAAACUGGUAUGCUUGCUGUUAAGUCUGCGCUUACGCCAAUGGUACUUUCGCCAAAACUGACUGUUGAUGCUAGGAAGCCACUCUCAGAUGCAUGGUUGUAUCGAAGCAUAGUUGGCUCUUUAUUAUACUUGAGUCAUACGAGGCCAGAUAUCGCGUUUAUCGUUAAUCGUGUGGCUCAGUACAUGCAUCGGCCUUGUGAUGGUCAUUGGUUGGUUGUUAAGAGAAUAUUGUGUUACUUGAAUGGAACACUUGACUGUGGCUUGGUGUUUAGACGAUCUUCUGCGUCUAAAGUUUGUUGUAUAACUGCGUUUGCAGACGCUGACUGGGCUAGUAACGUCGAUGAUCGGCGGUCAGUUUCUGGCUCAUGCGUAUUUCUUGGCUGCAAUUUGGUCUCGUGGAGUGCAAAGAGACAAAAGGUUGUGGCUCGUUCGACAACAGAAGCUGAAUACCGUAGUAUUGCAAAUACUGUUGUUGAGGUGGUUUGGGUUAAGUCCCUGUUAACAGACAUUGGUGAAGCAGUCGAUGCAAUCCCAGUUGUGUGGAGUGAUAAUACAAGCGUUAUUGCCAUGAGUGCGAAUCCGAUAUUUCAUGCACGAUCGAAGUACAUAGAGUUGGAUAUUCACUUUGUGCGUGAGAAAGUAGAGUGUGAGGUUGUUCGCGUGAAUUACGUACCAGCAGAUCAUCAAGUUGCGGAUGACAUGACCAAACCAUUGGCUAAGUCGGCACACAUGUUGUUUAGUCAGAAAGUUCAGAUAGCAGAAAAGCAAAUAGUUGAGAAUGACAGGGAGAAUGUUGAAGCAUGA